ACAAAAUAAUCUGCGUCUCUCUGAUGUUUGAUGAAGGUUAGGUUUUGAUAACAGGCUGCCAUACCCAACCAACCCAACACACACUUCGGAGACUCCUUCAAAGACCUUUCUUUGGGGCCUCUUUUGUUAGUUCAAACGUCCAAUAAUUUUACUUUAGUGUUUGUGGUACACGGGACCCACCACUUUCUGGGUUUCUCUCUCUCUCUGUGUGUUCAUCUUCACCUUCACUGCUACUUUCAUAUAUCCCAAAAUCCUAACAAGGAUUGGAGUCCUUUAGUGAGAGAAAAAGAGUGGAACAAAGAGUGACCGAAAUGUUUGAUAACUAUCAUCAACUUGCAGCUAAACCCUCUUACCAAGAUUCCCUUAAGGUUCUGGAGGCAGAUAUUCAGCAUGCCAAUAUGCUGGCAGCUUCUAUUCCAAGAAGCAAAGGCGGUGCCUGCCUUCAAAUGAAAUUGGUCUACAAUCAUUUGGCACCCAUUUUACUGUUUUUGCUUCAGUGGAUGGAUUGCUCAUGUACUUGUCUACUUUCAAGUUAUUUAAACCUUUUUCACAUAAUUGUAUAUAAGGUGCGCUCUGAUGGGAAGCCAAAUAUCUCUUCAUGUGGAAGGAGAGCUACCGUUACAGAAUUCUACGCUGUUAUAUUACCGUCUCUUCAGCGUCUCAAUGGCGACUUGUCAGAGUUGGAUGUUACUCGAGAGGAAGGUAGCUCCAUUCAGAUGGUAGUCAGGAAGAAAUUAGAAAAGAAGAGAAAGAUUCCAGAUGUUGACUUGGAGAGAGAAGAUGAGUGUGGGAUCUGCUUGGAGUCUUGCACUAAAAUGGUUGUGCCAAACUGCUGCCAUGCCAUGUGCAUCAACUGUUACCGUGACUGGAAUACAAGGUCAGAAUCUUGCCCUUUUUGCCGUGGAAGUUUAAAGAGAGUGAAUUCAGGAGACUUGUGGGUUCUGACAUGCAGUGGCGAUGUGGUUGACACUCAAACUGUGUUAAAGGAGGAUAUUUUGCGCUUCAAUCUUUACAUAAAGAACCUACCUAGGGAUAUCCCAGAUGCCCUGUUCUUAAUGUACUAUGAGUACUUAUUCUAAUCUGAAAGGCAUGAAGAAUGAAUGAUGCACAGAAAGAGAAAAAAACUGUUGACCACCACCUGUAAAGUGCCUGGUGAGAUUUUCACAUCGAAAAUUUUAUUUAACUUGAUAUUUGAGUAGAACAAUGUACAUCCUUUGUAUAAAGACCCAAUAAUUUUCGAAAUUGCACUUCUUCCAGCAUGAGGAUUAAGCGGUU